AUGUCCAGUCCACAACGAAAUGUUAGUACUCCACUGGAAUUGCAUGAACUUAAUCUUGUAACCAAACAAAAUGUCCCUGCAUUACCAGCAAGAAAUAGAUCAGGAGAACAGCAACAGCAACGCCAAGAUAAUCGAUCCCCUUUGUCACGUCAAGUAGGUAGUUCUAAUGAAAAAUUUCCUCCUGUGACUCCAAAGAAGAAUUUGAUUGCGCCUGUCACACCAGUAAAGAAACCUAUGAUGAAAGAAAAACCAGAGGAUGAAAAUAGUACUAUCUACAAAUUAGCUUCUAAGAAAAGAGAAAUAAAUGAAUUAGAAGAAAAGUUGAAAUUUUUAAAGAUGGAAUUACAUGAGUUGGAAGUAGAGUUUCGGAAGUCCCAACCUCAGAUGGCUCAAUCUCAAAUGAUUCAAAGGCAAGUCCAAUUUCAAGAAACAUUUGACGGACUAAAAUCAAGAUUCAACAAUACAAUUAGUUCGUUCACGGCACCAACUAAUACUGAGGGUAGUCAACCCACUCAAGGAAACAAUGGGACGAUAAACGCAGGACAAACUAAUAGAUUUUUCAAAGGACUGAUGGAGAAAUUUAAUGAAUUUAAUGUUAAUGAGGACGAAUUCGAUACAAAAACCAAACGAGAAGAUGUAAAUAAUGCGUAUUAUUUAAAACAGGGGUAUGAACUUGAUGACGAAGAAAUCGAAAAGGAAGCACAUGAUGAAGCAAGGUUUUUAAAUAAAAUUGAUGAUUCUACAAUAAAUUCUAUUAGAAGGUGA